UGCAAAGAUGCUCUCGGGGUUAUCAAUGUAUUCUAUAAUCAUUCUCGCAACGUUUACUAUUGAUUAUUUCGUACUUCUAGCAUUAGCUUGUCUCAGCCGUUCAGUUUGAUUACAACAAUCGGCCGGGUACGAUCGUAUUCAGUGUACCAAAAUGAAACGCAUCUUCCAGUACCAUUCGCCUACGAUUUGUUACGAUAAACCAACGGCUGCUAUCGUAUCGAAAGAUGAUUACGACAACCGUAGACUACGCGCACUGGAAGGCACACAGUUGCUGGAGCUAAUUGUACCGAAAAAAUCAGCCCGCACCUGGACAAUGCGUACCGGUGACUUGUGUCGCAUCUCACUACCAGAAGGAUCGCAAGUGGGUGAUCUUAAUCUGUGGAACCUGGAACACCCACGCACGGAACGUUUCUAUUCCGGCAAAACGAGACAGAUUCAUUCGACGCAUCUCAAAACGUACGAUCGAUUGUGGAGCUGCUUCCCGUACCUUCGGCCGAUGGCAACGUUUGUAAAGGAUUCGCUCGAAGAGUAUGGUAUCGAUCGGGACGGUGGUUCACUGCACGAUGUGGCCGGGACGAGAUGCGACGAUUACAUUUACAAGCUCAUUACCGGAGAGGAUCGUUACGGCAGUUGCCACAGCUAUUUGACAGAAGCGGUAAAGGCGCAUGGAUUAGCGGAGGAAGAUGUGCACGAUACGUGGAACAUAUUCAUGUGCACCGGAUUUACGAGGGAUACGCAACAAUACUUUUGUAAACCUAGUCCAGCUCGGAAGGGUGACUUCAUCGAGUUUCUGGCUGAAAUGGAUCUGCUCGUAGCUCUCAGUGCUUGUCCGCAGGGUGAUGUUUCAAUACAGGUGGGCCAGAAAGUGCCGGAUGAAAAAUGUUUCCCCAUGAAAGUGGAAGUUUUUAGAGCUACACAGUAAAGGCAAUUUAUCUUUAGUUGAAUGGAAUCAAAUAGUGCAUCUCGGAAAAUUAUUAAAGUUACUCUUCAUAGAA